AUGGAAGAAACGUCUGAUAUGAACGCAUCCCAAUCUGACGAUGAAUCAUCUGAUUACAAAAGAAAACUUGGUAUCGUAGAUAUUACUUAUGGUAACCAUAAAAUCGAUAUGUCCUCCUGUUCACAAUCAUUUGGUAACGUAAAAAGUUUUAAAACACCUCCAGGCAUAGAAACAGAAGCUGUAUCAAACAUUCACAACAGUGAAUCCGCAACCACAGAUAAAACUUAUAAUGAUAUCAAAGUUCAAGCAAAUCGUGAUUUACCAAACGAUGUUCCGGUGGACUGGACAUCUAUAAAUACACAAGUAGGAAAUGCUGGUGGUCAGGGUGAAGUACGCAAAAUAUUCUAUAAAAAUGAUUCAACGAAAGCGGCAGUAAUAAAAAUUUAUUCACAUGACAUCAAAACAAAAAAAACUAACGAAGCACAAAAUGACUAUUUGAAAGAACGAAAAAUGCGCGCUCAUCGAGAAUUAGUCGCUUUAAAAGCACUACAAGGUGUCAAAAAUGUUACUGAAUUAACGCAAUAUACAAAUGAUUAUUCAAAUAUACCUAACGAAAUGGAAGAUGCUAUAACUGCAGAUAAAACUUUUUGGAUUAUUAUGAACUAUAUUAAUGGAGAAACUUUAGAAACGUUUAUGGAGAAAUAUAAAGAUAUAAACUUGCUGAAUGCUGUUAAAUUAACUCAAAAAUUGCUUUUCAUAAUCAAAGGUAUUCAUAGCAGAGGUGUUAUACAUCGUGAUAUAAAACCAAGCAAUUUAUUAUUUAUCUGUAAACCAAAUGUAUCAAUUGAAAAAGGUGAAAUUCAUGUUAUUGAUUUUGGACUGUCGUAUAUUGAAACUCGUGAAGAUGAUGUUGGCUGCUCUUCUUUCAAAGAAAAAGAAAUAUAUAGACGAACACAUCUGGGUAACACUAUAGGUAACAUUUUUUUCCGUGUUCCACAGCUCAAUGCACCGGUGUUCAAGGACAAGACACAUAAAGAACGAAAUGUGCUGAUACAUGUUCGUCGUAGUCCAACAAUUGAUGCUUCAAGUGUUUGUGCAAUUUUAUUUUGGUUGUUAACUGGCAUUGAACCAGGACCUAAGCAUCGCAAUAAUGAAAAGAAAGCACCACAUCAAGUUGAAAAUGCUUCCACGAUAAUUAUGCUAAAAAUAAAUGAAGCUGCCAAACAAACAGGCGUUGCACAGGAAUUAGUAUCUGGAUUAACAAACCAAUUAAAAAAUUAUGUUAUGACAACCUUUGACAAAGGUUUUGAAUAUGCGGAGUAUCAAUGGACGGUUGAACAGUUAGAAUAUCGUUUAAAAGCAAUUAUUUACAUUCUCGAACAAACUCCUAUUCCAUUUCAUCAACAACUCAGUAAUGCGACGAAAAGUUUACUUGCACUUGAACCAACUACACUUCGUUCCAAUCAAAAUUCAAUCAACAUGAUAUUUAAUAAAGCAUCAGUUGCAUUUGAAUCUGCCAAAGCAAACUUUAUCGACCAACAUCCAUCAUGUUCGUGGAACGAUGGUCAUUGUCAUUGGUUGGAAUAUCGACAAGAUAUGUGUGAACGUAAAAAUUUUGAUUUAUUAUCUUAUCAACGAAAUAUACAAAAUUGGAGAUUGAUACUUAUUUGCUCUGCUCAUAUUAAUCAAAAUGGAAAGAUAACUACAUUAACCAUUGCUACUGAUUCGAAUGGUGUCUAUAUCGAAUUACCACUAGGUCAAUACACUCAAGAGGAAUUAGACAAUUUAAAUAUUCAACUCGAAUUUGAAAAAGAAUUAAUUAGUCUUUUACAAGUUAUAUGCAAACCAGGGCAUACAUCAAACACUGGAUCUGUACCUUUAACAAAUUAA